UUUUUUAAUAAAAAAGAGAGAAAAAAGAAUAAGAGCGUGUUUGGUUGAUCUAAUUAUUCCCUCAAAUGAGAAUUAACUAUCCAGGUUGGCCUUGUUCAAAGACCUCAUUGUGAUAUGAAUACUGAAUAUAUAAAUAAGGCUUAAUCAAUGCUUUAUUAUUGGAUCCCAAAAUUAUUAACAAAUGGACACAGAAGUUGUUAAAGAUAGAUGGAUAUAUAAUGGUUUCCUUGCAAAUUUGUGCUGUGAAAGUGGUUGCAAAGUCUUCUUCCAAACUGUCUGAUUCCUUCUUCUAUAUAUUCCUCUCUGCUUUCUUAACAACUUUUCUCCAUCACUACUCUAAAAAGAUGCACUACCAAACUUCUUAACUGCUUUCUCUUUUCUCGUACCCCAGUCUGCCCUCUCCCUCCAUCAUCUCAGGCUAAGAAAUUGAAAGUGAGGGGUAGUUUGGACAUUUCAGAUGACUUCCAAACUAAAAUAUUCAGACGAUGCAUACAGGAUAAUCAUGAUUGUGUCCGUGUAAAAGGAUAAUGAGUUGGGAAAUCACAAGUUCCUAACAGAAACAAUAUUGGAAAUAAAUAUUAUAUAUAUUGUGUUUGCAGAUUCAGAACUAGAACUUCCAUUUCUUCAGGUUUUAAGAAACAGCAAGGAAAGAAGAAGCAGGAGAAGAAGAAAAGUGAUCAGAGAUGGAUUGCUGUGUAUGCACAACAAUGCCAUUGACAUUAAGGCCACCCAGGAAUACCAUAUGUGGGGCCUGCUAUGAAGGAGCCAGGAGCAUUCUUAAUAUGAUGAACAAGCUUGAAUCUGAUGAAACAAUGGAUAAUCCUAACGCCUCUCCAGCUUCACCCUCCCAUAAUUCGAGUAAGUCACUUUCGACAUUUAAAAGAUGGUAUACGCAGCAGUUGGAUCAGAUGAAUGAACAUAAACAUCAAUUAGCCUUCCUUGAAAGCUUUGUUGAUGCAUUUAGAUCACAAACCCACACUGAUAUAACUGUCACUCCUGGCAACCAUGGCCCUCCAAUACCUUCCCAUAAAGCAGUUCUGGCGACAAGGUCAGAGGUCUUCAAGAACAUUUUAGACUCAGAUGAAUGCAAAGCGGCACCUACUAACAACAUUACAAUACCCGAAUUGAACUACGAAGAGCUAGAGAGUCUUCUGGAGUUUCUCUACAGAGGGAACUUGGGUCCAGAGAAAAUGGGGAAGCAUGUAUUUGCUUUGUCAUUGGCAGCUGAUAAAUAUGGGAUUGCUUAUUUACAGAACCAAUGCGAGCAGCAUAUGCUGAAUUCGCUAAGCAUCUCUAAUGUCCUUGAUGUAUUGGAGAUUGCAGACACCUGUUCCAACCAGAAGUUGAAGGACACUGCUAUGAAGUUCUCAGUUGAAAACAUUCAGGAGAUAGUUUUGUCCUCAAGAUAUGAAGUCUUUGUGCACAGAAGCCCUCAUCUAACGGUGCAACUUUCCAGGGAAUCAUUGAAGGCUGUCAAUGUCAAAUGAUGAUCGUCUCAGCUCAUCACACUUCAUAAUUUGUUCGGUUUUCCUUUUGGAAAAAUUUCGUUCAGCAAGAACUGUAUGGAAGACUCUUUAUUGCUUUGGAUGAUUUUUUCCUUCCCUCAAAAAUGCCCGAGUUAUGUGGAGUUUUAAAGGCAAAUCGCUUUUGGCACUAUUCAAGAUUAUAAUUUUCAAAUUAAAAGACUACAAUAUUAUAGAUGAUGCCGGAGAUUAUUCCUCUUUGGGCGGCUUAGAGUAAAGGUAUAUCGUUUACGGCACCCAAUGAGUGACGUCUACUGAUCAUUGAAGAAAAAAUGAGUCAAUCUCGAAGAUUCAUCUUUAGAAGAACAUUACAAUAAAAAUGUUUGCUGCAGCUUUAUACAAA